UGCGGUAGAUAAACGCGUGCGUCCACCAGGUCUCGCUAAGGAACGAAGUCAUCAUGAGAUUAAAACACAAACGCCCAUCUGUCUGCGAAGAUGCAACCAACAUAUACAUAUCUGCAAGGUAGACAAUCUUUCCUCGACUCAUUCGACGCUAGGGAUUUAUCUGUUUGAAUGGAUGAAAGUAGACGAAAUAUUCCCUAUCCACCAUGCGAUGCAAUGCAUGACGGCCGCCCCAUGUUGCGCCGCCCGCCUUCUCCCUCGCUUUUCUUUGUCCCCGCCGCUCAUCGCUCUUCCCAUCUGCCCCAUUCCGCUGCCGUGAUCCUCGUCAUGAUCGACACUGGAGCCCACCCGCUCAUCUGCAGCAGAACAUCCCCGAUCUCGUGUUUGGCUGCGAGCGUUGGCCCUGACCGAACGCUCUGUCCUCCGCCUCACCUGUGCCUCUGGUCCCUGUCUAGCGCCCUUGAUAGCUACCUGAGCCAUUGCCAUCCUUACCUAUCCGCAAUUGGAGCAUCUCAGCCAUCCGAUGUCUGCAGAACCUCGCCUAGAUGUGAGUUUGUACGCUCACUAACCAACCACCAACUCUGUCAUCAAGCCGUAAGCCUGGCUACUUUGAUAUGUUUACCCUGUGUGCCUGGGUCCCGCGUUUUUCCUUGCGCCCUGCGCCACACAGUCACUGUGACUGAGCCAUAUAUGUGUAUGCACCUACGUUGCACAAACUUUGAUCGAGGAUCCAUACCAGCCGAACGAGCAGCGGCGGGGAAUAACUGUUAGAAAAAAACCGAUGGAAAGUCUGGCCCUGGACGUUUGAGGUUCCCACUCAUCGUCGCUGACGUGGCUGCCAACCAACGUGGGGGACCCCUCUCGUUUCGCCCAGACACUGCCGACUUGAUUACUACCGCCCGAGCACUUGUGUAGGUAUUCGUACCUAGAUGGCGUACCUGGGCCAAAGAAGACUUGAAAGCUGUAACCAGGAUACCAUUUCC